AUGACGAUUUGUUUGGUACACCCACCAAACAUCCACACAUUAUUACAACAAAGAUUCUCUGUAAUCUCCACUCUCUUCAUGCUGUUGCCCUCUCUCUGUCACUCCCCCUUUUCAAUCAAUCAUAUAUAGCAGAGGGAGGAGUUAAUUACGCCUCUUUCAAUGAAAUUACAUGGUGACUAAGAAGUGAAAUUAAGACACCUUUGAUUGCGGGUGUUUCCUUUUCGUGCUCUCUCUGUUUGUAAAUAAAAGGUAAACCCGCCAGGUUCAGUCUCUAUUUCUUCUGCAACUUUCGUGCUUCUUCUUCCUCUUCUUCUCUGGGGAAUAUAUACCUGAGGCUAGGUAGAGAUGAUGGAGUGGCAAAACGAAGCAGAGCAAGUAGAGAGUGCACAGAGUCAAAAUUGGCUGAACGUGAAGGUGAUGACUGACGAUCAAAUGGAGUUAUUGAGAAAGCAGAUCUCCAUUUACGCCACCAUUUGCGAGCAGCUUAUUGAGAUGCGCAAGGCUAUCUCCGUCCACCACGACUUUCCCGGGAUAAGAGUCGGGAACCCUUACUGCUAUCAACUGGUUGGGUCGGGCGGGCACAAGAUCAGCACCAGGCAACGAUGGAAUCCGACAAGCAUGCAGCUCCAGAUCCUAGAGAGUAUAUACGAGCAAGGCAACGGGACUCCCAGCAAGCAGAAGAUCAAAGAGAUAACCAAUCAACUAGCCCAGCACGGUCAGAUUUCUGAAGCCAAUGUCUACAACUGGUUUCAGAACAGAAGAGCUCGAUCCAAAAGAAAGCAACAGUUUCAAAACAACAUCAUCCAAUCACAAUCCCCUCAACUUCUCGACUCUCCUCAUCCCACAGAUAAGAAGACAAGAUCUGCAGAUAUUAUCCACUCCUACGAAAAUCUCUUCUAUCAAACUCCAGAUCUAGGGAUAGAGCAUUUGCUUGGUAAAAUGGAAGCUCCUCCGAGUCUCACUUCCUACUGCCUUGUGGAACCAUAUGACACGGUUGGUUCAUCAUCACCCAAAGCCUUUAUGUAAAGGAAAUUCAUAUAUAUAUACAUAUGAGUGUCCUAUUUAUAUAUAACUGAAAUUAACUUCCUCAGAUUAGCUAGAAUUCACUUCUGCUUCUACUCUGGUUGCAGUCUAACUGGCUUCCUACGGCUUUAGAUUAUUUAUCUCGAAAAUCUUUAAUCUUCCUCUUCCAUAUUGAUAUAUUGAAUACUGUAAUUUCUGAUCAGGGUGAGGAUGAAAAUCUUUUA